AUGUCGCCCCCGGAGCUUUCGAUGGAUUUACCAGUUAUUGAUCUGGAUGUUUUUCUCAACAACCCAAUCGACUCCCCCGAAGUCCAGGCUGAAUGCAAGAAGGCUGCCGACGCUCUGAUCACCUACGGUGCCCUGGUGCUCCACGACUCGCGCGUGUCAGAGCAAGAUAACGAGACUUUUCUUGAUCUUCUCGAGGACUACUUCGCCCAGCCCGAGGAGGUUCUCAAAAAAGAUGAGCGUCCGGAAUUGAGCUAUCAGGUCGGUGUGACGCUCGAAAACACCGAGAAGCCCAAGUGUGCUGUGGACGAGCCAUGCCUCAAUGUUAUCCGUCGCUUGGCCCCCUCUGAGAGGCCGCUCGACAUCUCGGGUCACCAGCCAGACCCUAAGUGCCGCUUCUUCUGGAGGAUGGGUGAGACUGCUCCGAACACUCAGUUCCCAUCUCUCAAUGCCGACAAUAUCGUGCCCCAGGCCCCUCACAUUAAGGAGCGCUGGACGCCAGCCAUGAAUAAGUGGGGAACGUCGAUGAAGAAUGCCGUUGAGGGCCUUGCUAGAAUGGCCGCAGUGGGCAUGGGCCUGGAUGCCAAUACGUUUGUGGAUGCUGGUAGAUAUGGACCUCAUCUUCUGGCUCCAACUGCCUCUGACCUGGUCAAAUACGGCGCCAAGGACACGAUCUUAGCCGGCUUCCAUACCGAUCUCAACUUCCUCACCAUCCACGGCCGUUCUCGCUACCCGGGCCUGCACAUUUGGGCUCGCAAUACUGGCAAACGUAUUGCCGUCAAGAUCCCUGCGGGCCGUAACUACCUGCUGGUUCAAGCAGGCAAGCAGCUCGAGUACCUUUCUGGUGGUCUCGUCAAGGCAGGCUACCAUGAGGUAGUUGUUAACGAGAGGACACUGGAGACAAUUGCGAUGCGCAAGGAGAAGUUCCCUGAUCGGCCGCUGAUCCGUAUCUCGUCCACGUUCUUUUGGCACUUGUCGUCGGACUUUGACCUGGCGCCGAUUCCGUCCCUAGCAGCGAAGGCAAAGGAGGUUAGACAGAAGAUGAUUGAACUUGGGUGGGAUGAGGGUGAGGAGGUGAGCUACCCGCCUAUCAAGGUGGGCGAGCAGGUUCAGAAUGAGCUGAAGCAUAUUGCCCUGAUGUGGUGGGACAUUUCGUCUAUGCUUGAGUGUUUCUUGGGGUAUCUCAAGUGGAACUUCAUUGACCACUUUGGGGCCACCGAGCGCUUCGCCUUUAUGGCAGACUGCAAGCAGUUUAAGGCUGAGCCGGGCCGUCUGGAGAAACUGAAACUGAACGGCCGCAAGAUCAAAGAGUUCACCGUUACUGAGUAG